AUGCCUCAACAGCGCAGGGGCCGCUCGUCCACAAUUUCCAAGAUCGAGAAUGACAAGACGCACCAUAUCAAUGGCCUCGCACCUCAAACACCGCUGUCCGGCAGCCCCGCGCCAUCCCUGCGCGUCCCGGUACCAUCGGCACCAAAAACAGGGUUUCUACACGACCUCCGUACUUUCCGCUGGAUCGUCAAGCCAUCUUCCUCCUUCCGGUUGCUGCUCGUUCCGGUCAUCCUCCACCUGAACUGGAUAUACCUCGUGCCAUUGUUGACGGGAGAACGCACGCCCUCGCCCUUCGCGCCUUUGCUCUUCAUAUCCCAUCCAACACCUUCACCCUCCGGCGAUGACAUCAACGACCCGCGCUAUCGCAAAGGCUGGCUCGACCUCGUCUUCAUAUCCUACUACGUCGUGUUCUGGUCAUUCAUUCGCCAAAGCAUCACCAUCCACCUCUGUGCCCCCUUCGCGCGCUACUGUGGUAUACACAAACAAGCGAAACUCGACCGUUUCGGCGAACAGGGCUACGCCGUGAUAUACUUCGCUUUCAUGGGCACGUGGGGGGUGCGCAUCAUGGGCAUGCUGCCUACGUGGUGGUACAACACGUCCGCGUUCUGGAUCGAGUACCCACACUGGCAGAUGAUCCCGGAGUUGAAGGCAUACUAUCUGGCCCAGGCCGCGUACUGGUGCCAACAGCUCAUUGUCCUUGCGCUCAGGCUCGAAAAGCCGCGGAAGGACUAUUAUGAACUGAUCGCGCAUCACCUCGUUACGCUCUGGCUCGUCGGCUGGAGUUACGGCAUCAACCUGACCCUGAUUGGGAACGCCGUCUACACCUCCAUGGACAUCCCCGAUACCUUCCUCGCCUUCUCCAAGAUCCUGAAUUAUCUUCGUUUUGAACGCGCGAAGGUCGUAUCCUUCGUCAUCUUCCUUUGUGUCUGGACGUACUUCAGGCAUUGGCUGAACCUGGUCAUGCUCUGGAGCGUCUACGCCGAGUUCGACUCCAUGCCCGAAACGAGCAAGCGAUGGGCGCCCGACGACGGCGUGUGGAUGGUGUGGUGGAUGAAGUGGCAGGUCUUCGCGCCGAUCCUGCUGUUGCAAAUACUCAACCUGUUCUGGUACUACCUUAUCCUGCGCAUCUUAUGGAGAGCGGUGAUGGUCGGCGAGACGGACGAUGUGCGCUCGGAUGACGAGGGCGACGAUGAGCCGCCGAGCAAGAAGGACGAUUGA